AGUCACCUGCAGACCAAGUACGAGCGAGAGAAGCGCUGGUUUCCUGUGCGUAAAAAGCGCUGGUUUCCCGUGCGUAAAAAGCGCAAAGACGAUCGCUGGACAUGGAGAGGUCGGUGAGGUUUGCCUUGGUUUGCGUCGGAGUGUCUCUGCUCGUGUCCUGCCAGUCGGUGUCCGCCUGGUACAAGCAGAGCAGCGGGCCCGGCUACUCGGUGGGCCGAGCCUCCGGGCUGCUGGCCGGCAUCAGGAGGUCUCCGUACAGCCGCAGAGCCGAGUCCGAGGAGCCGCUGCCGGACAGCGCGGAGACGGAGACGCAACAGGGCAACAGCCUGAUCCAAGAUGCGAACAGGCAGAUCUCCAUCCUCAAGAACAUGGCCAUCUGCGUUAAGGAUGUGUCUCCGGACCUGAAGAGCUGCGAGCUGCUGCGGGACGGAACCGGGACCUUUCAGUGCAAAGCGGACGUCUUCCUCACCCUGGACUCCCUGGACUGCCUGUCCGCCUGAUGAGAGUCCCGGCCAGGCCUCGCAUCCCUCCCGUCCUCCCCUCGGUCCCUCCAGAAACACCCAACAUUGAUGAAUGAAAAGAGGGAUAAAGCCUGAUUUAUGGUUCCGCGUUAAAUCCACGCAGAUCCUACGCCGUAGGGUACGCGGCAACGCGCACCGGACCGUGUGCGUCGCCGCGUACCCUACGCCGUAGGCCUGCGUUGGUGUAAGGCGGAACCAUAAAUCAGCCUUAAGUCGUGAGGUCUGGGAGCAUGGUGGCGCAGAGGAAGAGUCGAUUAUUGAUCGCUGCAGACUCUGAAUGUUAUGGCAAUUAAAAUCUAAAAAAAAAAACAAGUCAAGUUUUAUUUACGUUGCAUAAAAAUGAAUAUAAAAGAAAAAAAACCAUUUGAAGCCAUUAUCAUUUCAGGAGUCUCUCCAUCUCUACUAUUCAACCCUGACAUGUGUAGGCCUACUGCCAAACUGUAAUAAUGUAAUACAUGUCCUGGAAGUUGACUGCAGUGCACAUUUUCUGGGAAAUACUUUUAUUUUAUUAAUUAAAAUGAACAAAUACUGA